CAUUAGUUACUCAAUUCAGUGUUCAUUUUCAAGUCAUUUACAAGAAAUUUACAUUGCACAUUGUAUGGUCUUUCCUUCCAGAUGAUUCUGCUCCAGUGGUAGCAGCAACCAAGAAGCAACCCAAGACUCGGACUGUGCCUGGAAGCCCUGUGUGUCAGCAGGACCCAAUGCCCUUACCACCACAAUGGUCAACACCAGCUGGGACUGGAGCCAGUCCUCACCACCCUAGCCCAAGUCCUGUUGACCCUGUUCAAGCCAGCAGCCGGGCACUACACCCAAUUCAGUCAACCAGGCACCUCCAAGAAUCACUGGAAACCUCUUUUGACUCUGUUCAAGCCAGCAGCCGGGCACUUCAUGACGGACAGGGUGUCUCGGCUAUCGCAGCCAUGUUUGAGAGAAUCACAGAGGCCCACAUGAGUCGCUUGAUGCGGAGGCUCGAGGCUAGGUUUGACAGGACCGAGGCUAGGUUUGACAAGAUCGAGUCAUUGGUGGAGACCAAUGCCCCGACACACACGCCUCAACUCCAGCAAGAUGAUGUGGUGUUGGCUAAACCAUGCAGCAUGGUGAUGGAGCUGCUGGAGUUGGAUAGGAGUCUGGAACAACCAGACAAGUGGAACAAGAUGCAACAUUUUCUUGAAACUGUCAGAGGGGCAGCCAUUCACCGUAUGCUACGCCGAGCAGCAAAUAAUGAGGUACUCGCCCAGUACAGCUUGCGGGGCAGACGGGCCAAAAUGUCCUUUGAUGACCUCGUUCUGUGCAAGAUUAUAAAGGGCAAGGUGCAGCUCACAGCGCAGCAGCUCCCUGCUGACAGCCGGCUCAACUACACCGACCUCAUGAGGGACGUUUUGCAGCAGGUUGGCUGCUCCCUGGAGCAACAUCACCAGCGGUUCCAGAAGCUGACACUGGAGGAGGUGGACUUCAAGAACAGGGAGCUGCAGCAUGAUAACACUGUUGCAAUUGGUCUACAGACCAGGACUCUUCUUUCUGACCUGGAGAAGAAAAGACUGUAUCCAGACUUCAAGUGCCAGUUCUUCAAAGAUGUAAGAGCUUUCUAUGAGGGAGUGCUGCAGAAGACGAUCAAAAUAUUCCCAUGA